AUGAUGUGCUUCGCAAUAAGUUACUAUCUUUGCCGAGAUGUGCCGGACUUGAACAUAGCUCUGUCCAACUUUCUCGAUCUUCUGCGGGAGCGGAUUAUACUGAACCGACUUAUUGAGCAUCGCAAAGAAUCAACACGCAAGCUGGCUUUUGUCCUGCCCGGUCAACGAUUGACCAGUGACAUCGUCUUAGCACCAUCAGGAUGCCCCUUGAACGAUCUCAAGUACGACGACGAGGUUGCUAUAUUCGCGGAAAAGAGUACGAAACUACACAAUGAUGCCAACCUUGUAUCGAAGCCGGCUGCAGCCUAUGGAGUACGUCUGCGCCUGGAUCAAUGCAAGCAAAUGUCGGUCUCUUUAAGACCCCAAACGGGAAUCAGGGUGGACAGACAAGCCAUCGAACUCAUCGAUGAGUUCUGUUACCUGGGCUGUAUGCUGAAGAACAACGGCAGCCACGAGAAAGAUAUUCUUCAAAGAUGCGGUAAGGUCAUUUCUGCAUUUAACUUCUUAAUUAAAUGCCUGUGGUCAACUUCCAUCAUCAACCAAUUGAAACUGCGAGUCUACCUAUCCGCAAUUCGCCCCAACGAUGAACAAACAAACAACUUCGGGAACACCAUCUACGGUGAUGGAGAGGCUUUGACGGAAUGGAAGCUGCUUAGAUGGCUGCUUUGCUACUUUUGA